CAGAAGCGGAAGAGACGUGGCACAUAAACAGAGAGAGGAAGGAACCAGUUAGCAGUAGUCAAGUUUGCUGAUGACGCCUCUUGGAGCCGCUUUCAAUGCAAAUUUCACAACAAGGCUUAAAUGACAGUCGUACAACAUUACCUGAAACGAACGGGACUUUAUUAAAGUCUGUGUGACAGCACAUCGCAGGCGGCUAUGGGUCUCUGCAAGUGUCCAAAGAGGAAGGUGACAAAUUUAUUCUGCUUCGAACAUCGAGUAAAUGUGUGUGAGCAUUGCCUAGUCUCCAACCACAACAAGUGUAUCGUGCAAUCAUAUUUGCAAUGGCUUCAGGACAGCGAUUACAACCCCAACUGCAGUCUGUGUAAUAGUCCACUGACUUCUCAAGACACUGUCAGACUGGUCUGCUAUGAUGUGUUUCACUGGUCCUGUCUUAAUAACUUGGCAUCUCGACUGCCACUCCAUACGGCUCCAGCCGGAUACCAGUGUCCCGUCUGUCAGGGUCCUGUGUUUCCCCCUUCCAACUUGGCCAGCCCAGUUGCUGAUGUGCUGAAAGAACAGCUGUCUUCUGUUAACUGGGCUAGAGCGGGUUUGGGGCUGCCACUGAUUGAGGAGCCCAUUGGGAUCCUUGAGGAGACCACAGUUAAUGAUGUCACUGAUUAUACUGACUGGUCUACAUUUGAUGCACAAGAUCAAAGUAACAUUUACCCCAGCCACUCUUACAACACCAGCCUCAAUGCACCACCAAAUCCUGUCUCACCUCCAGCACAGGAAGAUUUUGGAGGCCCUCGUAAAAAUGGGACCCAGGAACACUCGGUGGUCAACUUUAAUACUGCCACAAAUGACACAGUUACAAUACACGCAGCUUCAUCACCAAGAAAGAUCUACGACACUCGGGACGGGGGUCACAGCUCUGUCACACAGAUUGACUUUGAUGAUGACAAGUACAGACGACGACCAGCAUUAAGUUGGUUUGCUCAAAUUCUCAAAAAUCGCACAGGUGGAAAGCGGACAUCUUUCUCCUGGAAACAGCGGGUCUUCAUGCUCCUUCUGGUUGGAAUUCUGGGAUUCUUUACGUUGAUAAUCAUCAUGGCUAAACUUGGACGUGCCUCCGCUGGCUCAGACCCAAAUUUAGAUCCCCUUCUUAAUCCAAACAUCCGUGUGGGGAAAAACUGAUAAAAAACAAAAGUAUUGCUUCCUUCUUUCCCCUCUGUUUUACACAUUAUAAGCCUGUGUAGACCGAGCAGAAAUUGGACUGUCCACUACAUGGUUAGCCCAGCAGAGGGGGCUGUUUACCUCCACUUGAAUGGAAAGGAGAAAGAGACACGCACCUCCUUAGAAUGGAGGCAAUCUGUGGCUCCAUUCGUUUAUAUCAGGCAGGAGGAACAGGCCCUUCACAGACCAUAAAAAAAAUCUCACAACAAGCGAAAAAACCUGCAAACUCCAAAGCUGACCAAGGCCCGGUGCCUCUCAACAAAGGAUUAUGUAAUUGUUGCUUUGAAAAAAGCUUAUGAUGAGUGUGAGAUGGGGUAGUAUUUAUAUUUACAGUUACAGCUAACAUUUGUCAGUGAUCUUUGCAAGUUGAUUUAUUUUUAAGCUCAGUAGAAACUAUAACACUCAAUGUUGAAAGAAUAUCUUUUGCUGGCAGAAAAGUCAGAAUGUACAUAGUUAGAAACGAAAUGUUCGCUAACGUUUAUAAACUGACUCCGCUUGCUGAUUUGAUUGGAGUGGCCUUGUGCAUUUCUCCUGUCGAGAAGAUGUGGCCAGAACUGGAACCAAAUAUAUCCAACACAUGAUUAAUUACUAUUUAUGGGUGUCUGCAUUACUUCUGAAACUGAGUGCAUUGCUUUUAGGUUUUCCAUACUGUAUGUACAUUUUCCUGGUUUUUUGACUGUCUAUUAAAUGGGAAUACUACAGAA